GAGCUCCUCCCCGCGGGCUCCCCUCCUCCGCGGCGGCGGCCCCCCCUCACCCUCCCCCCACCCCCGCUCCGACCGACUGGUCCCCGAAUCGGUGGCGGCGGUUUGUGGUCGUUGGUCCCAGAGAUUUAGGACCAACAUUUGAAGACCCGAAGGGGAACUGCAACCAUGAAUGAAGAAAACAUAGAUGGAACAAAUGGAUGCAGUAAAGUCAGAACCGGUAUUCAGAAUGAAGCAGCAUUACUUGCUUUGAUGGAAAAGACUGGUUACAACAUGGUUCAAGAGAAUGGGCAAAGAAAAUUUGGUGGUCCUCCUCCAGGUUGGGAAGGUCCCCCUCCACCUAGAGGCUGUGAAGUUUUUGUAGGGAAAAUACCUCGUGAUAUGUAUGAAGAUGAGUUAGUUCCUGUAUUUGAAAGAGCUGGAAAGAUAUAUGAAUUUCGACUUAUGAUGGAAUUUAGUGGUGAAAAUCGAGGGUAUGCUUUUGUGAUGUACACUACAAAAGAAGAGGCUCAGUUAGCCAUCAGAAUUCUUAAUAAUUAUGAGAUUCGACCAGGGAAGUUUAUUGGUGUGUGUGUAAGCUUGGAUAAUUGCAGAUUAUUUAUUGGAGCUAUUCCUAAGGAAAAGAAGAAAGAAGAAAUUUUGGAUGAAAUGAAGAAAGUUACAGAAGGAGUUGUAGAUGUCAUUGUUUAUCCAAGUGCAACUGAUAAAACCAAAAAUCGUGGUUUUGCAUUUGUUGAAUAUGAAUCUCACAGAGCUGCUGCUAUGGCUAGGAGAAAACUAAUUCCAGGUACCUUCCAACUAUGGGGCCAUACCAUUCAGGUAGAUUGGGCUGACCCAGAGAAAGAGGUUGAUGAGGAAACCAUGCAGAGAGUUAAAGUUCUCUAUGUAAGAAAUUUAAUGAUCUCAACUACAGAGGAGACUAUUAAAGCAGAAUUCAACAAAUUCAAACCUGGUGCAGUUGAACGAGUAAAGAAACUUAGAGAUUAUGCUUUUGUUCACUUUUUCAACCGAGAAGAUGCAGUGGCUGCUAUGUCUGUUAUGAAUGGAAAAUGCAUUGAUGGAGCAAGUAUUGAGGUAACACUGGCAAAACCAGUAAAUAAAGAAAACACUUGGAGACAGCAUCUUAAUGGUCAGAUUAGCCCUAAUUCUGAAAACCUGAUUGUGUUUGCUAACAAAGAAGAGAGCCACCCAAAAACUCUAGGCAAACCACCAACUCUUCCAGCUCGUCUCAAUGGUCAGCAUAGCCCAAGCCCCCCUGAAAUCGAAAGAUGCACUUAUCCAUUUUUUCCUGGAACAAAGCUUACUCCAAUUAGCAUGUAUUCUUUAAAAUCCAAUCAUUUCAAUUCUGCAGUAAUGCAUUUGGAUUAUUACUGCAACAAAAAUAAUUGGGCACCACCAGAAUAUUAUUUAUAUUCAACAACAAGUCAAGAUGGGAAAGUACUCUUGGUAUAUAAAAUUGUUAUUCCUGCUAUUGCAAAUGGAUCCCAGAGUUACUUUAUGCCAGACAAACUCUGUACUACAUUAGAAGAUGCAAAGGAACUGGCAGCCCAGUUUACAUUACUUCAUUUGGACUACACUUUCCGUCGCAGCUCAAUAAAUAGUCUUUCCCCUGUUAGUGCUACUCUCUCUUCUGGGACUCCCAGCGUGCUUCCUUAUACUUCAAGGCCUUAUUCUUAUCCAAGCUAUCCCUUGUCACCAACAAUAUCACUUACUAAUGGCAGCCAUGUUGGACAGCGACUAUAUAUCUCCAAUCAGGCCUCAUUCUUCUGAAGAAGAUACUGUAAACAUUGAGUAUGAAAGUUUCUUUGUAAAGCAUGCAAAUUAAAAUAUUGUUUUAUUUUAGAAUCGGGUUUGCACACUUGGUUUUAAAAUGAUACAUAUAUAUUUAUUUCAACAUAGUAAAAACAUCAACCAUAAUUCAGAAUAACCUACAGUUGUAGAACUUGUGAAAAUGCUAAGUUUAAAAAGUUAUUCAGUGGUUUCGUUUGAUAAAGAUAUAGCAAACUACUCCUCUUUUUAAACUUUUGGGAUUUUAAAUACUUCUAAUUCCUGAGUGGACAGUAGAACCCAAUAGUUUGUGUUAGAUUUUUGCAUAAUAACUUUGCCAAAUAGCAUUUCACAAAUAUUUAAGCACUUGCAGACAAUGGUUAUGCUAGAUUUGAUUACCAAGGAUCACUAUCUGUAUUAGAGAUUUUAACAAUUAUAUAACCAGAAGCAUCUAUUAUGUAGAAAGAAAUGAAGGGCAAAAAGAUUAAGAUACAAAUUUUAUGCAGUACUAAAGGAAAAGCACUCUACCAUUGUGGUCCUUGAAAAUAACUAGAAAUAUUUUUGUUAAUUGUUUGUUAUAGAAAUAAAUUUUAAUUUUGCUGUUAAUGUAUUUCAGGUUUUUAUAGUUAUGCUUCUUUUGUGUUUUUGAUAUUCACUGUAUAGUUGUUUGAAUAAUAAGUGUUCACAGUUUUCUAAUGUUGAAAUCAUGUGUUGUUUAAUUUUUGUACUUGAAUUCAAAUUCUUUGACAUUAAAUACAUGAUGCUUCUAAUAUGCAUGUGUUUUAUUUUUGUUUAUUAGUAUGUGUAAAAAAAUUAGCUGUCACAGUCACCUUGACCUUUUCAUAGGUGUCUUCAUGGAACCAAAGCAAAGGAUACUGGAAACAAAAUUGUUAGUUUUGUGAAACAUUGUAACCAGAAUCCUUCUCAGGAGCUAAUAGUAGAAAUAUUUUGUUGAAGCAGGUGAAAUUUCCUUUUUGUUAUGAAUAUUUAGUGAAUCCAGGCAUUUUGACUGUUUAAUGGUUUGGUAAUGUACAUAUAUAAUGAAUUUCUAAUGAUGGUUUACAUAAUUGAUGAUCACGGACAAAAUUUUUUCCACUCUUAGAUACCAGAUAUUAACUUUGUUGACAGCAGCAUAGGACAUGGAAUUUGCAUACAUAGGAUAUGAAAUGGUUGCAGAUAUUUCUUCUGCUGGCUUAAGUUUCUGGCAGAAGUUAUAUGGAGAGUAAAUUACAGUUGACCUUUGAGCAACACAGGUUUGAAUUGGGCUUCACUUAUGCAAGAUUUUUUUAUAUAGUGUGAUAAAUGUAUGUUCCUUAUGAUUUUCUUAACAUUUUCUCUAGCUUUAUUGUAGGAAUACAUAGAUAAAAUAUGUGUUAAUAGACUGUUUAUAUUACUGGUAAGACUUCAGAUCAAUAGACCCCUAGUAGUUAAGUUUUGAAGAGUCAGAGAUUAUACCUGGAUUUUUGACUGUGUGGGGGUUGUGGGGCAGUUGGUGCCCCUAGCCCCCCGUGUUUGUUGUUCAAGGGUCAACUGUAGUCUUCUUUUUUUUUUUCCCCUUCUAUAUGAUGCUUAUUCCAUAUAACAGAAUACAGUACUUAACUUUCUGGGUUAUUGCCUUAAAUCUCAUUUAAAUGAACAUAGAUACUAUACUUAACCAAAAUUAAUUUUUUCCUGACAUAGAUUGCAUAGAUAUUGCAAUUUAAUUACCGUGACUUACAGGUUCAUAUCACUCCUUUGGCAAACAUAUACAGAGUUUUUGUUUAGUCAGCUACUGUGCUAACCCUUGGGAUACAGAGAUGACUCAGAUUCCAGACCAAAGGAAAACACAUUGAUAUCGCUCUUCAUAGAAAUGUUUGUAAUGGCCCAAAUAAUCAUAAUUACAAGUUCCCACAUAGCAUUUUCAUUAAAACACAAACCCACAAACAGUUGAGAGUGCUUACCAGCCACACACACAGUGUAUUUGGAGAUCCAUAGUAACAUGAUGGAAAAUAUGUUAGCUUUGGCUAUCCUACUGGAUCACCACCACCUCAAUUCUUCGAGCUCAAGCUCAGUUUUUUAUUUGGGGUGAUAUACACCUAAUAAUGUUAAAAAAAAAAAACACCUGGCAAAUAGAAGUCA